GGUUUGAUUCUUCCUUCUCUGCCAUUUUUUAAUUUCUGCGAAUCGCGUCGAGAAUCCGUUGUUCUCGUCUGAUUGUUUCAAACCCUAAUUUUCUUACCGUUUUCUCUGUUCAGUCUUUGGUUCUGUACGGAGACGACAAAGACUCUCUUCCGUGGAGUUGAAGAAAUUGAACAAAAUGGAGGAAAUUAACUUGGAAAACGAGAUAAGGCUUUGUGAUGUGAAGACAGAGAAUCUUCGUAAAACAAUGGAUACGAUUAAGUCUCAAGCCUCUGAUGUACUUAUCUUGAAUCUUCAGUGGUGUGAUUUAGAGGAUCAUUUGAAAUCAACGAGUGAGAAGGUAGAGUUGAGGUUUAGGGAAGUAGUGUUGAAGGAGGUUGAGUUACAGAGUCGAAGUUUUGCUCUUGAAGAACGGGCUAAAGUUGUUGAAGCAGCGGAAGCUGAGAUGGGUGAUUUAGAAAUGAAAGCUAAUGGUUUUAGGAGUGAAGUUGAAGAGAAAAGAGAGGAAUUGGGUUUUCUUAGGAAGUCGUUGGAAGAGUGUAGUGUUGAGGAAAGGUCAAAGAGAAGUCAACUUAGUGAGAUUGUGGAAUUGUUGAGAAAGACUCAGGUUGAUCUUGAUUUAAAGGGGGGAGAGUUGCGACAGAUAGAGACUGAUCUUGAGAGAUAUCGCGCUGAGGUCAAGGAAGAGAAGGAGUAUUUGCGUAGGACUGAAAAUGGUAGGAGAGAGUGGGAAGAGGAGUUAGAGAGAAAGACGAAAGAUCUCACAUUGGUGCGGGAUAAAUUAGCGGAAUGUGAUAAGCGGUUUGAGACACGGUCCUUGGAACUAAUAAAGACUCAGGGUGAGGUUGAAGUAAAAGAGAAACAGUUAGAGCAGAUGAAGAUUGAUCUUGAGAAAUAUCGUGUUGAGGUCAAUGCAGAGAAGGAGAAUUUGGGUAGGACUCAAACUCACAGGAGAGGGUUGGAAGAGGAAAUAGAGAUAAAGACUAAAGAUCUCACAUUGGUUAUGGAUAAAAUUGCAGAAUGUGAGAAGCUGUUUGAGGCACGGUCCUCAGAACUAAUAAAGACUCAGGGUGAGGUUGAAUUGAAAGGGAAACAGUUAGAGCAGAUGGAUAGUGAUCUUGAGAGGCAUCGUGGUGAGGUCAGCGCAGAGAUGGAGCAUCUGGAAAAGAGUCAAACUCGCAGUAGAGAAUUGGCAGAGGAAAUAGAGAGAAAGAGGAAAGAGCUUAUAGCGGUUCUCGAUAACAUUGCAGAGUAUGGGAAGCAGCUUGAGUCGGUGGAACAACAACUAGCUUCUCAGCAGAAGUUGCUUGAGACGCGGUCCUCGGAACUUGUUUCUAAAAAGAAAGAGUUGGACGGACUGAGUCUGGACCUUGACUUGGCCAACUCACUAAAUAACGAAAUGAGGGAGACGUGUAAACAGAUUAAAUCAAAGGGUAGGGAGUUGGAGGAGAUUGAAAGGCUGAUUCAGGAACGGAGUGGUCACAUUGAAUCAAUCAAGUUGCUGCUCGAGGAACACAGUGAAGAACUUGCUUCUAAAGAGGAGAGACACAAUGAGAUAACGGAGGCUAUUCGUAAACUAUCCUCGGAGAUUGUCUCUAAAGAGGAAACUAUCCAGCAACUCUCUGAGAAACAACUUGUAAAACAGAAAAAACUGGAUUCGACUGAAAAACGUCUAGAAAAUACCACUGCAGAAUUUGUUACAAAGGAAAAAGAACUUGGCUCUGUGAAAGAUACAUACAGAGAGUGCCUCCAAAACUGGGAAAUCAAAGAGAAGGAGUUAAAGUCCUUACAAGAAGAGAUUAAAAAGAUUCAAGACAGCUUGAAAGACUUUCAAUCUAAAGAGGCGGAGCAAGUCAAAUUGAAAGCAUCAUUGAUGGAACGUGAGAAAGAACUUGGACUGAAGGAGAAGCGAAUUCGUGCUCGCUCAGAAAAGAUUGAACUGAAAGAGAAAAAGCUUGAUACUCGGGAAGAAAGGAUUGAUAAAAAAGAUGAGCAACUGAAAUCCACAGAACAAAAGUUGGCUAAAUGUGUUAAGGAUUAUGAGCUGAAUGCAAAGAAAUUGGCCAGCUUUUGUCAACAAAACAACCCAGAUCAACAAGUUGACUUGGUGCGAGACGCUAGUGUAUGUGACGAGAAGACUUUGCAGUUACUCUUACGUGGGCAUCUGAAGAGAUGUGAUCAGCUUCACCUCGAUGUUCUGCGUGCUCUAAAAGCAUCUUCUGACCCGGCAAAGCUUGUGUUAGACACAAUACAAGGGCUUCAUGAAAGGAUGGCAGUAACAAAGCUUGAUCCAGAUAGUGUUAGAAGGAGUAGUAUUUGCUUGCUGGAAUGUUUAAUGGAUAUGUCACCAGAGCCCAAGACUGAAGUACAAGUAGAAGCUAUCAAAUCAGCCACUGAAUGGAAGAACACAACACUGGUCAAGGCAGAGAAUCCAGUGGAGGUUUUGGGUUUUCUGCACUUUCUAGCUGCAUUCAGUUUGGCAUACACUUUUGAUGCCGACAAGGUCCAAAAUCUGUUUGAUGCCGCCUUUCUUCGCCAAUACGCUCCAAGUCUGUGUGAGGCUCUAGGAGUAUCAUCUCUAGCACCUGUCAACAAUGUACUAUUAUUGGAUGAUAAGCCUGAACAGCUGCCCCGUGAAGCACCAAUCAGAAAUAGCAGUGAUUCUCGCAGCCCGGAUGUCCAAGAAACCAUAGCAUCAUCUCAUUUGGGUAAUGAAGAUGUUCUUUUGGACCCUGAGGGCUCAGCUUCCUUUUCACCCAACGAGGUCUUUACUGGACUUCAAGGUAUGAAAGAUCCAGCCACAUAUGUUCUAAAUUUUGUCAACGAUGAACUCAUGGGUGCUCAACAGAGAGGAGAGUUGGGUUUAGCAGAGCCUGUAGUUAAGACUUUGAUUCCCCUUUUGGAGGAGCUGCCACGUGUUGUAAGAUCUAGCAAACAUGUACUGUCAGAUGCACUAAAAGUGGCAAAUCUAUGGAGCUGGAUGAUGGGAAAUAGUGCUCAAAUGUCAUCGCUUGAGGCUUGGGGUUUUCUGCAACUCAUCGUGGCAUAUGGGUUGGUGCAUGCUACAAGUCAAGAAAAUACUUUACGAUUUGCUUCAUAUGUUGCUCACUUCAAACAGGCUCCGAAACUCUUUGAAUCUCUUGGUCUUAGUUAUGCCAUCCCAAACGUGGUUAAACAACUCCUAGACGAACGCCAUUAUUUUAUGGCUAUCCGGUUUAUCUUCUAUUUCAAGCUGAAGUCCAACUUUUCUCCCCUGGAAUUAUUGAAAGAUGAGAUCGUCAAUCUUAGAGUUUCUGCCAAGGAAGAGAGAAGAUUUGAUUCACAGGCUGAAGACAGAGAUGCUGCAAAACUGAAAGACAUAAUCGACCUCAUCGAAGACUUCAAGCUGGAUAUAGAUCUUCCUGUGGACCUUAUCGUCAAAUUCAUGGUUCCACGAGAAAUUCAAAAUCAGAACCAAUAUGUGGUCUCAUCAUUUGUCCCAGUUCAACCUCCGCAGGUUCAUAUGCAGGCUUCACACACAGUCAUUCACAGCUCAUACAUCGCCACUCAUGGCUCAAACCCGACCUUUCCAACAAUCCUUGGUGCAUCACCAAAUCAACAGGUCCUAGACUUGGAAACAUAUCAAGCUGGUGGUUCAACUGUGUUCCAUGGUCAACCUUCACACCAGGCUGGUUUCAAACGCCCAAGGAUGGAUCCUUCGGUUUCUAGACCUGUGAUUAGACCUUGCUUCAAUCCAUCAAGCUAUGGCAGAUUCUAGGUUUUAUUGUUAAUGGGUAGCUUGAUGGAGAAGGUAACGAGUGGCUUAGAGCUUGUUGAUUUAAGCAAGCGUAACUUCCGCAAAACCCUAGAAUCUCUCCAAGAAGGUGCUCAUUCGCUUCUUCUACUUACAAUUCAAUGGAAAGAGAUCGAAUCGUAUUUCGAUUCCACCAGAAACGUCCUCGAGGACCGAGCCAAGGAGUUGGAGGAAUCGAUGAAGGUUAAAGCUUUGGAAUUGGAGAAGAAGGAGAAGGAGCUUUGUCUGAUUGAUGAGUCGAUGAAAGCGAAACAGAGCGAGCUCGAUAAGAAGGAGAAGGAGCUUUGUUUGAUUGAUGAGUCAAUGAAAGUGAAACAGAGCGAGUUGGAGAAGAAGGAGAAGGAGUUUGAUUUGGAACAGAAGGCAGAGAUUGAGAAGAGGAAAGGAGAAGUUGAACAAUUGGAAAAGUUUACGACGAGGAUGGAAUCGGUGGAGAGGUUUUCUGAUGAGAAGUUGAUGGAACUUGAUGUCAGAGCAAAAGAGCUUGAAAUGAAGGUGAAAGAAGUAGAGAAGCAAAGAGAACGGAUUGUCGCCGGGGGUAAGUUGAGAGAUGAAUUUGAGCCAUUGGUGUCAUUGUUGGCUAAGAACAUGGGCUUAAAUGUGACAAUGCCUAUAAAGUGUUCAGCUUUAUACCUGAACGAGAAUGCAAACGAUUUUGCGGAUGAUUUAGUUAAGAAAAACACAACCUUGGCGAGAAUGGUUCCGUAUUUGGAUCCAGCAAAGGUUAUUUUGGAUGCUGUAGAAGGGUCAUUGAAGGAAUACUGGAAAAAAGAUUUAGGAGAAGCUGAUGAUAGAGUAGUUAAUAGUUGCAUUGUUCUGUUAGAGAAUCUGUUACAGAUGAAUCUGAGAAUCACACCGGAGGUUAAACAGGAAGCGACUCAACUUGGGAUUGAUUGGUUAGGCAAGGCAAAAGCCAAUCUGAAUAAUGACCCGCAGGUUUUAGGUUGUUUGUUGUUUCUGGCUGCUUAUGGUUUAGCUUCUGUGACUACUCGUGAGGUGCUCUUAACCUUUUUAGAGCGCUUUCUUUUGUAUGAUCAUGCCCCGAAACUGUUUCGGCGUCUGGGGUUAGAAGAUAAAGUUUUUGGUGCGGUUGAAACGCUAAAGAAAAGGGACGAGUAUCUCGCAACACUGAACUUUAUCUGUGAAUUCCGGUUAUACAAGCUUUGUCCAGGAAAUCGACCAGGAGAACUUUUGCUUGAGUUCUUGAUUUCCUCAAAUAAAGCUGCCCAAGUGAUUGCUGGGACUGGAACUUCAGUGGAGGCGCAGAAAGCAAGGAGGGAGAAGAGAAGAGCUGAUGCAGUCAUGGCCAUUAAGUACAUCAAAGAGGCGAAAGCUGAGAAUAUGUUUCCUGCUAAAAUUCUUAAAAAGCUGAUUGUACUGAAGAACGAUGAAUCAGCGCAGGGAGCAACGGAACCAGUUCAUAAAAGUUAUGACAAAAGACAGAAUACGACCAAAGCGGUAGGGAAACCUGAAGCUAAAUCUAUUAGUCCAUAUGAACAGAAGCGUGACAUUAAACGUCCAAGACUAACUGAACCAACAGCUCCAUCUCUGAAUUUAACAGUGAAGCAGCCCGAGGGUGUGUCCGUUCCUUCUGGUAAGCAGGUUGAAGAAUCUGGAGUAAAUCAUCAGCCAGACACCAUAACAACUCAUCCAGCAAGUACUGAAACCAAGCCUAACAUUCUCUCUGGUUCCAUUAACGCGGACAUGUUAAAGGAGCUAGUAGAAAAGCAACCUCUAAAGGAGAGUGAGGGUCUCUCCAAUGCUCUGAAAUGCACACCAGAUCCAGCAAAGCUUGUUCUAGACACAUCCAUGGCUCUGUGUCCUACAAACGCCGAAGGGGGAUACGAGUUCAAGCUGCUGGUUACUACAGCUAGCUGCUCUUUAUUGUUGAAUCAGCUGAAGAAGCUCCUGCCUAAAAUUGGACAUCCUGUGAAAGGUGAUGCGAAGAAACUUGCUGUUUACUGGAAAGAUAAGAUUUCAAAGAGCAAAAGAGAUGAAUUGGAAGUCAUUUGCUUCCUACAGUUUCUGGGUAUCUUUGGAAUUGUGUCAGAGUUCAAGGCUGAUGACCUUCUUGGUCUACUGGACAAUUCUUAUUGGCAAACUGUAUCUCCUGAUCUUUGCCAGUUUCUCGGGUUGGACAACGCCAUUCCAGGUUUCAUUCAAAAUCUCAUAAAAACUGGACAUCGAAUCAAGGCAAUAGACUACAUAUACUCAUUUGGUAUGGUCCAUAGAUUCCAACCUGUAUCCGCUAUUAUAAACGAUUCCUUGAGGAUUAUAAAGGAAUCUGCAGAGAAGUCGUAUAGAGAAGCCAAGAACGAUUCUGCAACGCAGGUUGCAGCCAUAGACAGACAAGUUAGAGCACUUAGAGCCGCCAUUAAAUGCAUAUCUUGUCACAAACUUGAAUCAGAGUUCCAACUCGGAGACCUCGAAGAACAAAUCAAGUCGCUUUUGAAGCUUAGAAGAAACACUUCUAAUGAAUCUGAAUCCGGAUCCGCAUCGUCCAAACCCGAUUCGAAAAUCAAACAACCUCAGACGGCAAAACCACCUCAGACGGCAAAACCACCAAAUGCAGCGGAGGUUGCUUCUGUCACUAGCAACAUACCUUUGGAACCUUCAACAGAAGCUGCAUCCUCCUCUGCGAGCAAACCGUUUUCAACGAAGAAGAAUAAGAGAGGGAAAAAACGCAGCAUGUCAGGAAACAAUCAGAGCUCAGGACACAUUGCUUCGCGCACAAGCAAUCACUAUCCCAGCCAUGACUAUCCCCUGAAUCAAAGACAAACUUGGCCGGUAGACAACUACGACACUGGUUUCACCGGAAUUCCUAACGCUGACUACAAUUAUAACCAGUGGAGACAGCCAGAGGGACCCCAAUUUUACCAACACUAUCAACAUUUAAAUCCAUAUUACAGAAACCUAUAGCCGCUGCUUUACUUUUAGGGUUCUUGGAGGAUUUAAGUGUCUUGGUAUUUUCUUUUUGUUUUUUUGUUUUUUUUUCUGUUUUUCAAGGAUUGCUAGAUUUGAUCCCACUGCUAAUAUAGUCACAUAUCAGUG